AUGCACUGGAGUUAUGUCAUCGAGCUAUGUGCCUGCAUCGUGGGAGUCCACUUCGUCCUCUUUGCGGCAGCGGUCUAUACAAGCAGACUUGUCAUUAUCAAAGACGAUACAAUGAUCUCUACGGCGAUAUUGUUGAAGCCUUCGGUGGAGCAUUUGGGACCCAGAGCGACGUUUUUGGCAGGCAAGGAUUUGAGUGAGGCAAUCGAAUAA